CUGCCGAGGUGUCAGCUGCGGAGUCUCCAUCUGGCAGAGCCGCAGCUGCCUAAGAGGAGGAGAGCGGAGCCCGCCGGGCCGACAGACGCGCCCCCUGCCCCCAGCUCGCGCAGCCUCCCGGGCGCUCGCCGCAGUUCAGGUCCCUCCCGCCCCCAGGAGCCCAGAGCCGGGAUGGAAACGGUACAGGAGCUGAUCCCCCUGGUCAAGGAGAUGAUGGCCCAGAAGCCCAGCGGGAAACUGGUGAAGCUGUACUUGGUGGGCGGCGUGCUGGCCCUGUUAGGCGUGGUGCUGGGCCUGAUGGAGACCGUGUGCAGCCCCUUUACGGCCGCCAGCCGCCUGCGCGAGGAGGAUGCUGCCUUGGCCGCGCUGCGGGCUGUCCGGGAGCGCCGGGCCCUGCAGGCAGAAGCCCUGCGGGAGAAGGACAAACAACCGGACGCCAUCCUCUGCAGCCGGGCCCUAGCCAACCGGCAGCACGCCUCCUAGAAACUGUGGGAGACCAGUAGAGGUGAAAGAAGAGAGAGAGAGAAAGACAGAGAGAGAAAGAAAGAGAGAGAGAGACCCAGAAACUAACACUGAUUCAAGUAGAAGAGAGCCUGAGUCCUGUGCUGUUUGGACGGGCUUUGGAGAAGCCACUGACUCCUGGAGAUGAGCUAGCUCGCAGCUCCACCACGAGCAGUCUGGGAUGAGUUUCGCUGCUGUGCAGCGCCAGAGAAGGAUGACAUGUCCAAAACUCCGUAUCUUUGAGCCCGGUGCAUCUACCAUUUGCACUAGAGCAGAAGGAGGAGAAGUGCUUUUUAUAUUAUCGGUAUUAUUAUUAUUAUUAUUGUUUUUACAAUGACCAUCAUUUUUAAAUAAAAGAUAUUUUAAUACAA